AUGAAGCGACACGGGGCGGAAUCGGAUCAGCGCGCCGCGGCCAUGAUCCAUCCUGGGGAUCCAGACGCGGCGAAUCACGAAGGCAUGGAUCAUACUGGGCUUCCAGACGGCGGAAAUCCGUUACUACUAAAAGAGAGGACGGUAGGCGACUCGUCGGUCCCCGUCUCAGAGACGCCGAAAGGGGCGAGGGAGGCGACCGAGAAGAAUGAGAAGGAUGAGAAAGAGGAGGAUGAUCCGAAGGAGAAGAAGGGGAAGAAGAAGGAGAAGCAGCCGGCGGUGCCGUACUGGCGGCUCUUUUCCUACGCGGACCGCACGGACUGGGCGCUUAUGGCGGUCGGCUCGAUUGGCGCCGUGCUUCACGGCGCCGCGCUGCCGCUGUCGUUCCUGUUCCUGGGGAAAAUGGUGGACUCGUUCGGCUCGAACGACUUGUCCGGCGUGAACACGAGUGCAAGGGUGCGCCGGCUGUACCUGCAGGCGCUGCUGCGGCAGGAGGUGGCGUUUUUCGACCUCGAGGCAUGUUCGGGGGAGCUCAUCACGCGCGUGUCCACUGACGUGCUGCUGCUGCAGGACGCUAUUUCGGAGAAGGUGGGCAACUGCAUUCACUACUUCUCCACCUUCGUCUGUGGCUUCAUAGUCGGGUUCACCAGCGUGUGGCAGCUGGCUCUCGUCAUCCUCGCUGUCUGCCCGCUCAUCAUCGCCACGGGAGGGAUCUAUGCGGCUGUGCUUACGGGCCUCAUGACUCAGGGCGAGAAGGCUUACACUGAAGCAGGGAAGAUAGCAGAGCAGGCGGUGGGGCAGGUGCGCACAGUGCAGUCAUACGUGGCAGAGGACAGGACAGUGGAGGCGUAUGGCCGGGCUUUAAGAGACACGUUCAAGCUGGGCGUCAAGGGCGGAUUAGCCAAGGGAGUGGGUCUCGGAGCCAUCUACGCCCUCUUUUUCCUUUCCUUUGCGCUCAUGUUCUGGUUCUCCGGACUCCUCAUUUCCCAAGGCAUCGGCAACGGGGGGUCAAUCCUCACCACCAUGUUCGCCAUCGCCCUCGGCAGCCUGGGGCUCGGCCAGGCCCUCCCUAACGUCACCGCCUUUUCCAAGGGCUGCGUCGCUGCGUAUAAGAUCUUUGUGACUAUAGCGAGACGGCCGGUGAUCGGUGGGGAGGAGGGGGAGGAGGGGAGCGGUGGGAAGGAGUUGGAGGCGGUGGAGGGGCGGGUGGAGUUUGAGAAGGUGUGCUUUGCGUACCCGGCUCGGCCCGAAGUGCCGAUAUUUAAGGACUUCUCCCUCGCAAUCCCUGCCGGCACCACUGUCGCCCUGGUCGGCCCAUCAGGCAGCGGCAAGUCAACCGUCGUGGCUCUCAUCCAGCGCUUCUACGAUCCGUCAGCUGGCGCCGUCUCAUUGGACGGCACGGAUCUGCGCCAGCUCAGCCUGACGUGGCUGCGCUCCCAGCUGGGCCUCGUCAGCCAGGAGCCGUCCCUGUUUGCCACCAGCAUUCUGGAGAACAUUCGGUAUGGCAAGGAGGAUGCGACACUGGAGGAGGUGGAGGAAGCAGCGAGGAUCGCCAACGCGCACUCCUUUGUGACUGCGUUGCCACACGGGUACAACACACAGGUGGGGGAGAGGGGAGUGCAGCUCUCAGGAGGGCAGAAGCAGCGCAUCGCCAUCGCCCGAGCAGUCGUGCGCAACCCGCGCGUGCUCCUAUUGGAUGAGGCCACGUCAGCGCUGGACAGCGAAUCAGAGCGUGUGGUUCAGGCGGCGCUGGACGGCGGGCUGAUGCGCGGCAGAUCAACGGUUGUGAUCGCACACCGGCUGUCCACGAUCCGGAAUGCAGACAAGAUUGCUGUGGUGGCGGGGGGGAGGGUGGUAGAGCAGGGGACACAUGAAGAGCUUAUGGCGCAUGGGGAAGUGGGGCAGGGGGAAAGGGAAGGGGGAGGGGAGGACGUUGAAGGGAAGAAUGUGGGUAGUGCAAAGGAAGGUGCGAGGAAAGAGGGAGGCGUGUAUGCUAACUUGGUACGCCUGCAGAUGGUGGCAGGGGAGGGUGCACACUCGAAUUCGCAUGCGUUGACCAAUCAGGGCUCAGCAUUGCAGUCGCAAGACCAUUUUGCUGACGUGGACCAAUCAGGAGCAGAGGCGGACGUGGGAAGGAAGAUCUUGAAGGCGCUCAGCUCCCUCUCAGAAUCCUCCCUGCCACGUGGCCACAGUGGGCUUUGCGCUGACGUGGACACUGCUGACGUGGACCCAGUCUUCGCUGCUCGGCUCACAUUGUGCCAUCUCACACCCCCCUCCCCCCUCCCCCUUCCUCUGCAGGUGAUAGCAGCUCUCUACAAUCCAGACACGGACAAGAUGAGGAGGCAGGUCAACAAGUGGGCCAUAGUCUUCACGGCUCCUUCCUCUCACACUGUGCUAUCCCACCCCACGUGCCUUCCUCUGCAGGUGAUAGCAGCUCUCUACAAUCCUGAUACGGACGAGAUGAAGCGGCAGGUCAACAAGUGGGCCAUAGUCUUCACGGCUCUGGGCGUGCUGGCCCUGCCAGUGCACUCGGUGCAGAACUACGGCUUUGGGGUGCCAGGAGAGGCUCUGGUGAAGCGAGUGAGAGAGAAGAUGCUGGCAGCCAUCCUGGGCAACGAGGUGGCAUGGUUCGAUCGGGACGCCAACGCCAGUGGAGCCAUCGCCUCUCGCCUCGCCACCGACGCCACUCUAGUCAAAGCAGCCGUGGCGGACCGCAUUGCUCUCGCCACGCAGAACCUGUCAGUGAUCGUCAUCGCGUUUGUCAUCGGGUUCGUGGUGGAGUGGCGGGUGGCACUCGUCGUCAUCGCCACAUUCCCUCUGCUCAUCUUCGCUGCACUCAUGGAGCAACAAUUUCUUGCAGGCUUCGCGGGCAACCAGAACUCAUCCCACGCGGGCGCCACCACCAUAGCAGCAGAGGCAGUCGCUAACAUCCGCACUGUAGCAGCAUUCAACGCACAGGACAAAAUCCUCGCACUGUUCACUGCCAGGCUGGCAGGCCCCCUCAGGCGCUCGUUCCUUCGCGGGCAGGUUGGCGGGGCAGGUUUCGGGCUGAGCCAGUUUUUCAUGUAUGGGUCAUAUGCUCUAGCCCUCUGGUAUGGGUCGACUUUAAUUCCCAAUACUGCUUCAUACGGCGAUGUGCUUAAAUCGUUUAUGGUGCUUAUAAUGACGUCAAUGGCUAUAGCAGAGAGCAUUACCCUUGCUCCAGAUAUUGCCAAGGGAAGCGUGGCCAUUCGAUCGGUGUUCAAGACUACAGAUCGGACGCCCAAGAUUCUUUCGGACGAUCCGACGGCUGAGGUGAUUUCAACUGUUCGUGGGGAGAUUGAGUUCCGGUCGGUUUCUUUCGCCUACCCGACCCGCCCGGAAACGCCCGUGCUGCAAGACUUUUCUCUCCGGGCAGCGCCGGGGAAGAUGCUGGCGCUGGUGGGCCCGUCGGGCAGCGGAAAAAGUUCUGUUGUGGCCCUGGUGGAGCGAUUCUACGAUCCGACGGCUGGAAGCGUGCGGGUGGAUGGGGAGGACAUCCGGACCGUUCAUCUGAAGACGCUGCGAUCGUUCAUCGGGCUGGUCAGCCAGGAACCCGCCCUCUUUGCUACCACCAUCCGCGGCAACAUCCUGUACGGCCAGCCAGGCGCCAGCGAGGCAGAGGUGGUGGAAGCAGCGCGGGCAGCGAACGUGCAUGGGUUCAUCAGCGGGCUGCCGCAGGGAUAUGACACGCAGGUGGGGGAGAGGGGCGUGCAGCUGUCAGGAGGGCAGAAGCAGCGCAUCGCCAUCGCCCGUGCCAUCCUGAAAGACCCGGUGGUGCUGCUGCUGGAUGAGGCCACGUCAGCACUGGAUGCAGAGUCUGAGGUGGCGGUCCAGUCAGCGCUGAACCGCAUCAUGAUUGGCCGCACAACGAUUGUCGUGGCACACCGCCUCUCCACAAUCUGCCACGCGGACUGCAUUGCUGUGCUGCAGGGUGGGAGGCUAGUGGAGCAGGGCACUCAUAUGGAGCUCAUAGGUGUAUCUAAUGGUGCUUAUGCCACUCUAGUGCAAUUGCAACAAAGGAAUAAGGUGGACAUGUGA